AUGAGUAAAAGCCUGAUCGCAGCGCUCAUGCCGGAAGUCAGUCAAACAAUGCCACUGUUGGAGCACGUGCUCGCCAAGAAAACCCUUUUGUGGAAUCAGUUUCAGGUCUCAAGAGCUGGGGAUUGUUGCUUGCAACCGAUUGGCAACCUUCCCGCCAUGGGCUGCGGAGCAUCUACCGCUGCUCCGUAUGUUCCGCAUGAAGACCCGGCAGAUCCCACCGCGCCAAAUGCUGCCAAGCAGCACGAGGUGAAGGUGAGCGGUGGUGGCGCAGGCUUUACCGUCUCGCAACAUGCUGGACGUGUCCAUGAAGGUGAUCCUGUUCGACUGAAGGGUGCCGACUUUUUGCCGUUUGUGCGGUACGACACAUCGGCUGUCCCACCGCAAAUCAAGGGUGGUGACCAUAUUUAUUUGAUUUUCACGUACUCAGAAGCAGCCAUCGAAGGCGGAGAAGGUGUUCUGGCGGAGAGCAAAGAACUGAAGGGUUCCUGUGUGUUCCGAGCAUGGCGGAAAGACGGAACCAAUGCGGUUUUCAACGACGGCGAUGACGUCUUCUUCGAGCAUAUUGAGACCGGGAAGUACUUGGAGGCAGCCACCGACACCACUCCGCUCACUCUGGCAGACAAGGAUGAGAACUCCGCGGGGCAGCUGUUUGGCUUCUUUAAGCAGGGCAGGCCGAUGGAGAUCAAACAUCGUGACACGGUCUACAUUCAAUCUUGGUUGCACCACUACGUUGAGUACAGGUACUUCGAGGACAGCAAUUUGUAUGCCAAGAGGUGGCAGCGAAGGGAGCCCCAGACUUUGACCGUCCUGAAGAAAGCCGUGCUGGAUACCUCUACCACAGAGGUUGCGAGGAGGUUCCAAUUCCAAGCUUUCGACUUGGAUGGGAACGGCACCGUAAGCAAGAGUGAGAUCGACAUGAUGCUGACGUUGGUAAGGGGCGAGGAGCCGAGCAAAGAGGAGGUCGAUGAGAUCAUGCUGAAGGCUGAUCCAGCCCACACAGGGAACAUCCCCUUCCCAUCUUUCGCAGCCUGGGCUGAUGACGGGGGCAUGUCGGAAGAGCAGCUCAACCAUGCAGAAGUCCUGGGCAACGUCGCGCAGCGCUGCAACGAUGCUUUGUACGAGGAGAAGUGCCUGGUUGAGGUUCUGGGAACAGUGGAUGGCAUGAGCGUGCAGGGCCUCUGCCAGCAGUUUGGCGAGACGCUCAAAGCAGGAGAUGUGAGCGAGCAGAUCAUCACAAAGGCUGCAGCUGAGUCGGACGGAUGGUUCUUCUCAGGAAACUGGAAGAACUGUAUGAAAGCCUUGCUAGAGCCAGAGGUGGACUUGUGGGUGCGCUGCCUGAACGAUGCAAUGAGGGGCUUUGGGACAGAUGAAGGAACGCUUACAGCGUUGGUGUGCACCAUCCCCGAGCGGCUUCGUAUUCCGAUCUUCAAGAAGUACUACGAGACGGUUGGUAAGGGCUUGCUUGAGCACAUCGAAAGCGAGACCUCCUUUAGCUACAAGAAGGUUAUGGUAUGGCAAGCUAUGGCUCCAGAAGACUGCCGUGCCAAGAUUCUGAACAAAGCAAUGGUCGGCCUUGGAACCUCCGAAGAUCAGCUCAUUCGCGUCAUUUGCCAGCUGAACUUCGGUGAGCGGAGGGAGGUGAAGGAGGCUUACCAGAGGAUGUUCGGCAGGGAUCUGAUUGAGCACAUCAAGUCUGAGACCUCCAGCGAUUUCCAGAAGGCCUUGCUGUGUAUGCUUGAGGCAGAGGAAACACCGUUUGACUUGGAUGCCGACUGCACUGCCAUGAAGGAGGCAAUGGAGGGCUGGGGCACCGAUGAAACCGCCCUGACAAAGAUGAUUUGCAGCAAGACGUCCAAGCAGAUGGAGGAUAUCAACAAAAGGUUCAAGGAGAUGUUUGAAAGGGACCUGCUCGAAUGGGUCAAAAGCGAGACGAGCGGAUACUACAAGGACACGUUGGUCGGGUGCAUUCGCCAUCCCAUGAAGCAGUUGGCCCACUCCGUCAGGGAUUGCAUGAAGGGCUGGGGCACAGAUGAUGAAGGCCUUAUCACAUGCUUGGUACAUCUGGAAGAUUUCAAGAAGGCGGCCUUGAUCAAGGAGUACAAGCUCGAGUUCGGUCGAGACGUUUUCCAGGACAUCAAGAGUGACACAAGUGGGGACUACGAACGAGCCCUUUGCGCCCUUGUGAAGGAGGCCCCUCAAGUGUGGGCAGAGGCUCUCACGGGUGCCAUGAAAGGGCUGGGAACUGCGGAUGAGCUGCUGAUCAACUUCAUGGUGUUGGCCAAAGAGGACAUGAUGGCAGUGCGGAAAUGUUUCCACGGGCUCAACAAGAAGAUGCUCGAAGAUUGGAUUGAAUCUGAGACAAGUGGCGACUACAAGAAAACAUUGCUUAUGUUGGCUGGCCGCAAUAGUGAGGAGACCAUCAACAUUGCUCCGGUGUACUGGGCCCAGCGCUGCAAAGAUGCUCUCUUCAAUGUGAAGACUAUCCAGGAGGUUCUAGUUGCCAUGCCAGCAACUGCCAUCAAGCGGCACACAGAAUUGUAUGAAGCGGUAUACAAAGCUUCCCUGAAAGAAGAGGUAGAGAAGAAGUGCAAUGCAGAAGGCGGCACCUUCUUCAUGUUCACAAACUGGUGGAAGCAUGCCAUGACCUCUCUGCUGUACAUGCCGGUCGAGCUGUACGUGCGUGGGCUUUGGGAUGCAAUGCACGGAUGGGGCACAGACGAGUACACCCUCACGGCUUUGGUGUGCACGCUUCCGGAGAAUUUGUACGACGAGAUUCACGGUCUCUACGAGAAGGAGCACAAGAGGAAGCUGGUGGAUCACAUCGAGUCAGAGACAUCCUUCAAUUACAAGAAGGUCCUCAAGUUUCAGGCCAUGAAGUGGGCCGAGAGCCGGGCAACAGCUCUUCACGGCGCUAUGGCUGGGUGGGGAACGGCUGAAGACCAGCUGAUCCGCGUCAUUAUUUGUUCCAGCUUCAAGGAGCGCCAAGUCAUCAAGGAGACCUACAAGAGGAUGUUUGGGAAGGAUCUGAUUCAGCACGUCGAGUCGGAGACAAGCGGCAAUUUCAAGAACAUCCUGGUGGCCGUGCUCAAGUGCACGCAUCCGAGAGCGCGCAUGGACUACGAUCUGGACUGCGAGAACUUGAAGGCAGCCAUGGAUGGAAUGGGGACAAACGAGAAGGCCAUCAUUCAGAUUGUUGCCGGCAAGACACCGCAGCAGAUCGAGACUCUUAAAGCCAAAUUUGAGGAGAAGUAUGGUGAGAACCUGUAUGAGCGAAUUGACAACGAGACCUGGGAUUGGGGAAUGAGCAUGUUCAUGUCUGCCAACUUCCGUGCCUGCAUGCUGGGUUUGCUCAGAGAACCGACCGAGCGACUUGCGUUUGCGGUGCGAGAUUGCAUCGUUGGCUGGGGUACGGAUGACACUGGCCUCAUCACGCUUUUGGUCCAUUUGUCUGAGCGACAGCGCCGUGAGUUGGUCUCCAAAUAUGCGGAGAUCAAGAAAGGCGGUGACCUUUAUCAGCAUAUCAAGGGUGACACCAGCGGCAACUAUCAAAAGGCUCUUCUUGCCUUGGUCAAGCCUCCUCCAAAGGUGUGGGCUGAAGCACUGAUGACGUCAAUGAAGGGAUUGGGUACCUCAGACAACUUGCUCAUCAAUUGGAUGUGCAUCGCAAAGGAGCGAAUGGACGAGGUUCGUGAUCAUUUCUUCGAGAUGGACGGACGUGGGCUCGCCCAGUGGAUUGCUGGCGACUGCAGUGGCGACUACAAGGACACACUCGUGAUGCUUGCAAAUCGACGCUGCGAGAGGUUUGCUGGGCAAGAAGUGGGUCUCAGCAUAUCUCCUCCCAUGACAAAAGAGGAUGCGAUCCUGAAGUUUACAAAGUCCUUCAACAAGCUCUGCCGGAAGCGCAAGGAGAAGGGCGAGAAUGUCAUGCCCGGGGAGGAAGACCAGCAGGCGAUGGGCAAUGCGUUCUUGUAUUAUGGCUCGCUUUCGAGUUGCGCUCCGAACUUGGACAUCCCCGGCCUCUGGGAUCUGACCAAUGCUUGCGGCUUCCCACCUGGGGACGAUGGCCCCGACCUGGUGGCCACAUUCCACGAGUGGGACGUGAGCGGCACCGGGGAGAUCACGUGGAACGACUUUGUGCGGGAGAUGACCACGCGCAUCAACGACCCGAAUCACUUCGAGGCGGACCCUCUGCCUGAGACCGUUGACAUGAUUUCGAUCCCUGACAAGCCCCUCAGCGAUGGCUACAAAUCCGUUGUGCACGGCGCAUCUGAUGACGGUUAUGAGGAGUUUGAUGGUCCCAACGGUCCUCCAGCACCUCCGGCCAGACCGGACAUGCACGAGGCCUUUACCAACGGGUCCUGGAAAGAGGUGCUUUCUGGUGUUCAGCCGGAAGUUGAUGGCGCAGGUUUGCUGACUGGGCUUUGGGGAGACUGCAUUGCAGCAGCUGUGCGGAUUGAGCACACGGAGGAUUGGCAAGGCCGGUUCCCUGAUGCCCCAGUUGGCAUGGUGAUCGACUUCAUGGCGGGUUCGCAUGCUGAUCUCAUUCCGGCAGCGGAGAGGAAAGAAGAGGCUUGCAAGCAAGCACUGUGA